UGUUCCAUUCACUCGAGGUUCUGUCUCGCCCCGCAUUGUGUUCAUCUGUUUCCGGAAUACACGGAUUAAAAGAAGUCAUACGCCGGACUGAAGGAUAAUAAAGGCAUACAAAAUACCGAUGAAAUACGAAUAAAUGUGCUGUUUUUGUUUUAUUUGAUCAGAGCUGCUGUUCACGUUUCAGUGUCGUGAUAGCGGAAGCGGAAACAUUGAGAUUGUUACCCGGUAGUUGAUCAUUUUAACCAAUUGUCUACAUGGACUGCGAGAAAAAGAAUUUUAAAAUUGACCAAUCAGAGUGGAGUGCUGGUGUGAACGAGCCAAUCAGAGUACAUCGAUCGUUGUUGAGCGGCAGAGCAGCAGCAAAGCGACACGAUGACCGGAGCCAAUGAGUUUAAGCUGACCCAGGGUCCGGAGGACAGCAUCUCAGCUGUAAAGUUCAGUCCCACUUCAGCUCAGUUCCUGCUGGUGUCUUCAUGGGACUCUACGGUUCGUCUGUAUGAUGUCAGCGCCAACAGCAUGAGGAUGAAAUAUCAGCACCUCGCUCCUGUGUUGGACUGCGCUUUCUAUGAUCCGACUCACGCUUGGAGCGGAGGUCUGGACAAUCAGUUGAAGACGCAUGAUUUGAACACAGAUCAAGAUACAAUCGUCGGGACGCACGACGCUCCCAUUCGCUGCGUGGAAUACUGUCCGGAGGUCAACGUUAUGGUCACGGGCAGCUGGGAUAUGUCUGUGCGACUGUGGGACCCCAGAACCCCCUGUAACGCCGGAACGUUCACCCAACCGGAGAAGGUGUACACGCUGUCUGUGGCUGGAGACCGCUUGAUUGUGGGGACGGCGGGGCGCCGCGUGUUGGUGUGGGAUUUAAGGAACAUGGGAUACGUGCAGCAGAGACGAGAGUCCAGUCUCAAAUACCAGACGCGCUGUAUACGAGCGUUUCCCAACAAACAGGGUUAUGUGUUGAGCUCCAUUGAGGGCAGAGUUGCAGUUGAGUAUCUGGACCCGAGUCUGGAGGUGCAGAAGAAGAAAUAUGCUUUCAAAUGUCACCGACUGAAGGAGAACGGCAUUGAGCAGGUUUAUCCUGUAAACGCCAUCUCCUUCCACAGCAUCCACAACACAUUCGCCACAGGGGGAUCUGAUGGCUUUGUGAACAUCUGGGAUCCGUUCAACAAGAAGCGUUUGUGUCAGUUCCACCGAUAUCCGACCAGCAUUGCGUCUCUGGCAUUCAGUGUGGACGGAUCUCUGCUGGCCAUCGCUUCUUCCUACAUGCAGGAACAGGGUGAUAUUUCACAUCCCGCUGAUGCCGUUUAUAUCCGUCAGGUCACAGACGCAGAGACCAAACCCAAAUCCACGUGAAUCCUGCCAUGAUCUUAACGUCACUUUCUGCUCUCUAUGCUUUUUUUUGUCUUCAUUCUUUUAAUUCUUUUCUGUCAACAAAAGAAAUUCAAUAAAUGUAUAUAUUUUCAUCUUUGUAUUGUAUUUCUGUCAUGUUCAUAGUAGAUGCAGUGGUUUAGAGCCGCUGUGUUGUCCGUUAUUAAAUUUAUAAACCUUUGCUGUUAGCUAAUGGGUUGGGCUGCUGCUUCAAUAUCCUAAACAUUAUUUGUGUGUUUGUUAAUGAAUAAAUGAACUAUAAUUGCUCAUUAUGAACGUGCAGUUUUACAGGGAGGGUAAUUAUCCUUCAUCUGCAAUAAACGGUGACAUUUCCUGUAAUCUUCACGUUUGUUAAAUUGGAAAAUUGAGUUUAUUGUCAUGCUUUUGUAGCGGUUAGAUGAAUCUCAGUCCUGCUUUGACAUCUGACGACCCACAACAAUGAUGAAAUAAGAGACGGGUGUUAUUUUACAGUGUUAGAUUUCUUUUGUUUGCAUUUUGUCACAUUGUUUACAAAAAGAUCAUAAAUAUUAAUAUGUGUACAUAUGAGCUUUAGUCGGAGUCAGGAGUAACUGCAGAAAAGUGCUUUGUUAUCUUUUAAUCUUGACACGCUGUAAUAUUUAGUAGUUAAGUUAAGGUUUUUCAGACGUAGAUUCAGGUCAGUGAUGUCUGAUAUUCAUUUCUGUAAUUUGAUGUUUCGAUGAUUUUAGAGAGAACUUAUGCAACACAAAUAUUUUGCGUAAAGAGGGUCUGGUAAAUACGGUGAUUUCUAAAAUUUGUAUUUCCCUAGUUUCAA